CAAGUUUCGACGCCAACUCCGCAUGCGCAACGCACUUUCACAACUCGCCGCACUCUGGAGAUCAGCCUUCUAUAAACGCCACAGCUAUAAUGUCUGGUGCCUCGUCCGUCUUUCCGGGUGUAUUCCCAUCACCAGAUAGCAUACCACCUGCUGAAGUUGAUUCAACUCUCGAAAUGCCGGAUAUAUUCAGGGGAUACUCUCUCUUUAUCUUCUCGCCUCGAAUUCGGAACAUACUCUGUGAUGUUUUGGUUUAUCCAGUAACAGAGCCUGUGAUUUUGAUUUUAAUCAUCGCUCAGCUAGUCUUUCUAGUGGUCGAAAAUUCAGCAAAUCUGUUUCCUUUGCAGGACGAACAGCUGCCCAGAUGGGGAAGUGUCUGGGUAGACUGGGCUCUUCUUAGUAUAUGGGUUAUAUUUACUGUCGACAUCUUGUGCAGGAUCAUUGUCUCGGGACUACUCCUAGGUGACAUUGCCCUAAAUGCUAAUUCCCUUCGGGCCAUUGGGGACAGAAUCCGCACGGUCGAGCAAGUGCAGAGAUUACAGCUGGCAAGGGCACCAUUUCUGCGUCAUUCCUUCAACAGAAUGGAUUUCAUAGCAUUGAUAUCUUUCUGGAUCUCUAUUGCUCUGAGCGUCACCGGCCUUGAAAGCCAGUACCACAUUCGUAUAUUUCGAACCAUUGGUUGCCUAAGAAUCUUUAGGCUUUUAGCUUUGACAAAUGGCACCGCUGCUGUGUUGCGGACUAUAAAAUUCUUGUUUCCUUAUCUUAUUAAGACUUGGAGCAUUAUUGCUUUUUUUGCGCUGCUAUUUUCCUUGGCCGGAGUCCAAGCAUUUCACUCGAGUCUCAAGCGUCAUUGCGUGUGGCUAGACCCUCUCGACUCAGCCAAUUUCAGCGCCUCGUAUGUAAAUGAGUUCACCUUCUGCAGCGGAUACCUGGACAAUGAAACAGGCCUUCCACUUCCGUGGGUGGCCAGUUAUAAUUUUGAGGCUUCAGAACCGCUUCAACCAGGAUUCGAAGUGCCCAACGGAUAUCUUUGCCCACGAGGCUCGAUCUGCAUGUUAAAGGACAACCCAUAUAAUGGAACCCUGCACUUUGACAACAUCUUCAACGGUUUAGAGGUCGUUUUUGUGAUGAUCAGCGGUACCUCAUUUUCUGAGGUGAUGUAUGACACAAUCAACUCCGACUACUUGCCAGCUGCCUUGUUCUUUGGAUUUGGGAUCGUUUGCCUCAGAGUGUGGCUGGUUAACUUUCUCCUGGUCUCCUACGCAAUUUAUUUUCCGCAUUUCAACCCGGUCCUCGAACCGAGGGAACGAUCCUUACAGCCCGAGAAUUUGUCAACAAAACGGCUCUCCGCAUGGGAGAUGCAGUGCAAGAAUAUGUGCGCCAGAACUUUCUGGUGCUGGAUUCUUCUGAUCACUUACGACCUCGUUUCCCAGUGCUUCCGCGGCCCAUCAACACGAUUUGAUAAUUGGAUUGAUAUCUCGGGGGUAGUGGUUACUCUCCUCCUUGACAUUGAGAUCAUCUUGCGAAUAGUUGCCGCUCCCUGGCGAGUUUUUCUUAGGAGCCCACGAAAUGUCGUCGAUUGCGGCCUUACUUUAAGCACAACAAUAAUUGCUUUGCUCCUUUUGAGCGCGCAUUUGUCGAAGAAGGCUUCUGCUGGGCUCACGAUCUUUCAAAUUCUUAGGGCCUAUCGAAUCAUUCUUGUGAUUCCUACAUCGGGAAAAUUGGUGCAAAGAAUCAUUCUCCAGUUCUCAAGCAGACGUCUGGGCUCCACGAUUCUUUUCGUCUUGCUGUUGACGUUUCUAGUAUCCGUACUCGCAAACCAGCUCUUCAAAGGCUCCAUUCCAGUCAACAGUGCGGAGGAGCCCAUCCAAAUUACUUUUUCAAGCACGCUCAAUUCCUUUUACGGGAUAUUUCAAAUAUUAUCGCGAGCUCGAUGGACGGAUAUCCUGUACAACGUAACAUCUUACUCGCAGACCUUUCAUGAAGCUUCCAUUGGAGCAAUUUUCCUCACUGGCUGGUAUAUCUUAGCAUCCUGGUUUGUGAUGCCUGCAUUCAUUCCUCUGAUCAACAACGCGUUUCAGAUUCACUCUAGAACCAAAAAAACGGUGCAAACGGCGGCGUUCCUGCAAGGCAAAGAGCUUGUAAAGCCUCUAGCGCGAAUUGGCUUUGAUAGUGCUUUUCCAUUCCCGAGCCUUUCGAAGCGAAGGGACUCCCCGGAGUAUACUGCGACAGGGGUUGUUGUGUUGGAAGAAGAUACCUUGCGGGAGUUCCUCGCCGGGCUGGAAGACGAGUCGGAGGACUCCCCAGAGAACGCACUAUCGAUCCCAAACCCAAGCAACGAAAACGAGCAACCAUCUGGGAUUUUGGAAAAGUGCAAGGCAGUAUUCGGAAGCUGGGAGAACAAUCCCUUUCACUCCGACUUGACCGCUGAAAAUCCUUUGGAGAUGGCUAGGCAUUCGAUCUCCGUUGCUGCAGCUCGGAAUGCCGCAGAAGAGGAGUACAUGGCUAGACACUCGACAUACAAUGAUGCACUAUAUAUCUUCCGACCGAGAAACUCUAUACGUCGCCUCUUCCAGCAACUUGUCAGCUCGGGUCCUGUGAAGAGGCGGUUCCACGGAGUUGAGCCCAACCGAAUUGCACAAUUCGCCUUCUCGGCAGUAGUAUUUGCUGCUGUGGUAGCCACAACGGUCAUUACUUGUAUUGCGACGCCUCUUUAUCAACGCCAAUACUUCGAGAUUUUUGGAUACAGCCUUAAGACGUGGUUUAUUUGGACAGACAUUAUGUUCACUGUCAUGUUUACCUUCGAAGCCUUUAUCAGAAGCGUUGCCGAUGGGUUCUUUUGGACCCCCAAUGCAUAUUACCGAACUUUUUGGGGCAGUAUCGACGGCGCGAUAUUAAUAUCAAUGUGGGCAACUGUUGUUACAACCAUCGUGACAGAGGGAGCAGCCCCAAGAAGCAUGGCAGUCUUCAAAUCUCUCCGUGCCUUUCGCCUGUUGACCGUGAGCGAUCCAGCCAGAUAUACAUUAUUCUCCCUAAUGUGCACCGGGUUCAGCAGGAUUAUAGUGGCAUCUAUCCUGUCCAUUUCGAUUCUAGUUCCCUCCGCUAUCUAUGGGUUGAACCUUUUCAAUGGCCAACUCGUAGCUUGUAACGACAAAUCCUCGGCUAUCUCCAAUCUUCGGGACUGUUUUGGCGAAUGGCACAGCACCCCAUACAGCAGCGCCUGGCCACUUCUCGCGCCACGCGUAGCUAGUAAUCCGUAUUUCAAUUUCGACACCUUUGCCGACGCCCUCUUGACGACCUUUACGAUCAUCACCCAGAGCGGCUGGGUAGAUGUCUCAUUUGCGGUGCAGGCUAUAACAGGACCUGGCCUCCAACCAAGGCCCUUGCAUUCCCAGGGCUUUGGGCUGUUUCUCGUUGUUUUCAACUUUGUGGCCACUAAUUUUAUCCUAAUCGUGUUCCUUGCUACGUUUAUUCGCAGCUAUACUCGGGCAACAGGUACCGCCUAUCUGUUCGAUGAUCAGAUGGCCUGGCUGGAACUUCGGCGAAAGCUAUAUGCGGUUGCUCCAUUGCAAAGGCCUUGCAGCCGCCAGCACUAUAUUAGGCGGCGCUGCCAGACACUGAACAAAAAUUCCAGCUGGCAGAAUUGUCUUACGUGUCUUCUCGUCGCACAGCUGAUUUUGCUUUCAACUCAGUUCUACCCCGAGCCUAGUUGGUGGGCAAGGACCCGGAACUACAUAUUCCUGGCAUUUUCAAUGGCUUAUCUGAUAGAUAUUUGCACCCAGAUUGUUGGUCUUGGACUAGCUUUCUUCCUAGGAAAUAUCUGGCUCUUGCUCUCUUUCUGCACCAUAUCAGGGAUGUUUUUGUCCUCACUAUUGGUGAUACGGAUGCCAACGGACCAAUGGGCACAAGCAGAACAGGCUCAUAAUUUCUUCCUCAUUGCGAUCCCACUACAUCUGAUACCACGAGUCAAGGUCUUGAAGGAGAGUUUUUGUUAUGCCGUUCUUACUCUUCCGGCAAUAGGCAACCUGGUCGCCGUCUGGCUUGUCUUCCUCAUCGCUUACGCAAUCGCUAUGGUUCAGAUGUUUGGCUUGACGCGAUUUGGACCCACGGAUGACGUUCUUAUUAACUUCCAAACUAUUCCGCACGCUUCCCUGCUAUUAUUUCGUCUUAGCCUUGGCGAAGACUGGAGUGAAAUCAUGGCAAGCUUCGCGACAAUUAGCCCACCCUUCUGUGUUGCAGAGACCUCGCCUUUCGAUAGCGAUUGUGGCAGUAUGGUAUGGGCUCGUAUCCUCUUCAUAUCUUGGAAUAUCCUCAGCAUGUUUCUAUUCAUGAACAUGCUAGUUGCUCUUAUUUACGAACGCUUCGCCUAUCACUUUCGAUCAGAAAUAGCCGAAUUGCAGCUAAGUGACGAGGACACUCAGAGGUUUCAGGAGGCUUGGCAGACAGUCGAUGCCGAAGGUACUGGAUACAUCGGUGAAGCCGAUAUACAUAAACUCGUAGGCAGGCUGUCGGGAGUCUUUGACAUGCGGAUCCAUCCCCCGAGGGAUUCUGUGACCCAGAUUCUCAGCGACUUAGGGCCAUCCGUUUGUCCCCAUGGAAAAACUUUGGAGAGAGAUAUGGGCGGCUUUCCGGGAGUAAAUCUCCAUGCGCUAAACAAACGGUUGUGUCUUCUCGAUAUUGCUGAUACCCGCAAGCGUCGACACCAGCUCGACAUGUUUGUUUUGGAAGCAAAAUUACUAGCGAACCCAGAGGGUCAGAUCGCAAUGGGAAGCAUUCUCGAGCUUCUUGUACACUCUAAACUUGUUGACCAUAGCCGAAUGUACUUACGGCUUGAGGAAUUUGCCUUCCGAAAGGCGCGAAUACGAAGGGCAGAAAAGAUUCUUGCCCACCAAGUAGUCGUCAGCUACCUUGAAACAGUGUAU